GAGAGAGCUGGUUACUUUUUUCUCUCGCGAGAUCUGCCAACACUGCGCGCGAGAACCAAACACGGCGAGGAUAAAGCAAGAUGGCUUCUGACGGUGAAGACAUUAUUGUAGUCGUCACAGUUAAGUGUUGUUAAUCUGUGCCUCCAUGUACACAUAUAUGUCCUUUAUUAGACUCUACUAAAUAGAGUAAACAUCGUUAUUAACUGUUUGCAUCCAGUUAUAUUAGUCUGAGCGCACUUUGAUGCUCCUCGAGCUAGCUUAGCCUGCUAGUUAGGUUAGCUUGUUAGAUGCUAAAAAAGAAACGCGGACGUUAUCAACACAUGGCUAAGUAGAGAUCAAAUGUGAGUGUGAAGUGUUGUGAUUGUGUGAAAAUGUGCGAAAGAACGAUAGCAAAGUAUGAGGAGGAACUUUGUCCAACACAAGAGGAGAAGGUGCGACACAUCAACUACUGGACGCUGGUUUCAAGAAACUUCAAGUUGUUUUACGCAGAACAGGUUUUCUGAUCCGGUGACGCUAAUAAUACCUCAUCUACGUAUAUCAGGUGUAGUGACGACUAUGACUGGUUAAAUAUGGAUUAGCAAUCACUUCAGGGUGUCGGGUCAGGACAGCAAUUAUUCAUUCAGACGUCUGUGAAGAACAUAUUCUCCCUGAGCAACAGAAGUGGAGCUUCAGGAUGGAGCCACAGCCCUCCCCCAUUGAAAAUGAAGAGGGACACCCACUGAUCCCCCAUUUUAAGGAGGAAGAGGAGGGCCCACCGAUCCCCCAUUGUAAAAAAGAAGAGGAUGACCCACUGACACCCCAUUUUAAAGAGGAAGUGGUGGAUUCACUGAGCCCUCACAUCGAGGAAGAGAAUGACCCACUGAGACUUCACAUCAAAGAGGAAGACCCACUGAUCCCUCACAUUAAAGAGGAAGAGGAGGACCCACUGACCCCUCACAUUAAAGAGGAAGAAAAGGAGUCACAGACCCCUCACACCAAAGAGGAAAAAGAGGAACACAGCAUCAGUCAAGAGGGAGAGAAUCUUAAAUGGUUGGAGAAGGUUGAUGUCACCAAGAUGCCAGUGAUUGGUGUCCAUGUGAAGAGUGAAGAUGAUGAGGUCAAAGGUGAAAGUGAGGAGAGGGGAGGGGGGGAGCCUCCAAGCAGCAGCUCAACACAACACAUAACAGAAGCUGAUGGAGACAACUGUGGAGGAUCACAAGCAGACAAGCUCUUAGCUCCACUAUCAGAUAGUGAGGACACAACGUCACACUCUCCUGACACUGAUGAUGAAGACUCUAAAGAUGAUAAGACAUGUCACACUGACAACACUCACUUCACAUGUUCUCUCUGUGACAAAACCUUUAAAUACCGUUGUGGUCUGAAAAGUCACAUGAGUACACACACCGGAGAGAAACCUUAUUCUUGCUCAUAUUGUGGUAGAGAUUUUAGACUAAAAGGCACGCUGAAAGAACAUAUGAAAAUACAUACUGGAGAAAAACCUUUUUUAUGUUCAGAAUGUGGUAAAAGUUUUGGAAUAAAUAAAAGUUUAAAAGCACACAUGAGAACACACACUGGAGAAAAACCUUUUUCAUGUUCAAUCUGCGGUAAAGAUUUUACUCGAAAGCACCAUUUCAAAGCACACAUGAGAACGCACACUGGAGAAAAACCUUUUUCAUGUUCAAUCUGCGGUAAAGAUUUUACUCAAAGGCACCAUUUCAAAGCACACAUGAGAACACACACUGGAGAAAAACCUUUUUCAUGUUCAAUCUGCGGUAAAGAUUUUAUUCAAAAUCACAAUUUCAAAGCACACGUGAGAAUACACAAUGGUGAAAAACGUUUUUCCUGCUUAGAAUGUGGUAAAAGUUUUCUAAGAAAUCAAGAGUUAAAAUCACACACGAGAAUACACACUGGUGAAAAACCAUUCAUAUGCUCAAUUUGCAGUAAAGGAUUCUCCCGGAAGCCAUAUUUGAUACAACACACAAAAACACACACUGGUGAAAAACCUUUUAUAUGUUCAGUAUGUGGUAAACGUUUUAUACAAAAACAUCAUCUAAAACGACACAUGGGAACACACACUGGUGAAAAACCCUACUCCUGUUUAAGCUGCAACAAACACUUUUGCCAGCGAGAAGCUCUUACAGCACACAUGAGAAGACACCCAGGACAGAAAGUGUUGAGUUGCAGUGUGUGUGGUGAAAGAUUCUCUUCUAAGUACCAGUGUAAGAAACACAAGUGUGCUGGUGAGAACAGCAGCAGCAAAUGAAACUGCAGGAUUUGAAAUAAACUGUCAAAACUUUAAUUUGGACUUUCUAUCAUCAGCACAUAUAACACGUGUGACAUCAUUGUUGUGUGUGUAACACAAUCAUGUUAUUAUGAUUCUAACAUUGAUAGAUUUGAUACUUCAGGUCAGUGCUUUUAUUUCAGUCAAGUACAUGUUUAUAUACACAUUUGUGUACUUUAAAAAUGAACAGGACAAUUAGACUGGAAGGGUGAAAAUAAACAGUCCAUAAAAUAUGGUGCAUGCAAUAAACAUUUUAUGUGUAGAUAUUCAUAAUUCACUUUUAUACUUAUUAAUUUUAGUGUUUUUAUGUAUGUUUAUUGAAAUAAUGAAGUGUUGCAUAUUUUAAUUUCUAAUUGUAGAUGAUUGUAUAGAUGAACUCCUUUAUAUGAUAUACAUAUUUGUUCUACAUGUGUUCAUGCCUUUGCUUUUGAGUACACAUGAAUCCCUCUUAGUUCAUAAUUAAUGGUUCACAUCUGAAACAUCUUCUGGACCACUUCUGGAAGCAUUUUAUUAUUUACUUUAUACAUCAUUUGAGCAGUUGUCUUUUAUACAAGAUCCUUUACUUUUAAAAUGUGUGACUUUGUGAAUCAUUUGUUGGGUCUCUAGAAUCCAUUCUAUUAUCUUUAUUACUCUCGUGUGUAAUAUGAAUAUUGCUGUGUGAUUGUUUUGUAUGUAUGUCCCCAUACCUUUAUGCAAUAAACAAUGAAUGCUUCAACUAAA